AUGCUGAUUCCAGCCAGGCUUGGGUGAGCGAGACGCUCUCCUUCCCCAAUAGAUCGUCAGAUGUUCCUUCCUCGCCUGAUACAUGUUUUGAAAUGGCUUCAAGGUUUCGAUCCAACCCAAGUUCUCAACCUGCUACGAGUGAGAGACAGUCAAACCAUCAUGUUCCAUCCAUGUUUCUGCUUUCCCAAGGAGAAGCGGAGCAACAAUCCGAGCCAAGAUGAAUCUCCCGCCGAACCCUACUGGCACUGGCAUCCAUGGUUCGACCAUGGACUAAUAGACGACUAGUCACCUUCUUCGUCGUUCCAAUUCAGUGUGUGGGACAAUAAUAGAUCUGGUUUCUCCGGGUGCCAGAAGAAUUGGACAUUCUCGUCGCAAGCUGCGCGCUGUGAUCGACCUUGCAACACCAUGUUCAGGGUCUUGAAUUAAUCAAUCAAG